AUGCGCUUCGUAUCCCUCUAUAUCGUAUUUGUCUCGCUCUCGCUCGCUCUCUUGCUUUCUGGGGGUGUCCAAGGCAUACCCAUCAGUGCCUCCAGUCCCGAUGCACCACCACGCCAUACGGAGGUGCAUAGGAGCAACGAUCUUAUCACUGCCUUGCUUGGUGUCAUAUCGUCCAUUCUGGGCUCACUCGAUCUCCCAGUGGCGGCAGUGCAACCAGCACAGGCCGCGAUCGUCAGUAUGCAGAACAUGACCGCUGGCCUGCCCCCCCUGCCAGCAUUACCAAUUCCAGCAUUGCCAAAUCCGCGGGGCGCAGUAGAAGCGGUCGGCAGUUCUUACUCUUCCUCGCCGACUGGUCAGGCAAACUCCACUGCCUCCCCUUCUCAGGCGUCAUCCGCUGUCGCCUCCGCGUCGGUUGCUCAUCAGCAGGCUGAUGUGCACCCGGGUGGUGGACGCCACAUUCACCGUCGUGAUACAACCUCAGCAUCUGCACCAUCGUCUUCAGGCUCGGCGCAUGUCUCAUUGGCCAGCGCUUCCGGUUUGGUGCCUGCAUCUUCGGCCAGCGCCUCAGGGAAGCCUGCUCUUGUUGUAGUUCCUUCUCCACCAGUAUCGCCGCCCAUCCAAACCCCUUCUCUCCCAGUAUCACUACCUAUCCCAACCCCUUCUCUCCCGGUAUCGGCGCCCGUCCCGAUUCGUUCUCUCCUAGUAUCGCCACCUAUCUCCCUCCCGAUCUUCGCCACAUCUAGCAUGCCCCCCAAGGCCUCUGGUACAACCAAAGGCAAGAGAACCCACCACAGGUAA